AUGGAUGAGGUAUAGCAGAACUGCUUCUCAUUUUCAAUAGAAACGUUGCAGAGCAAUAAGCCUCCACCCGGAGACGACGUUUUCAAGAAGCCGUAUCCACCGGGAAAAUUUCCAAAGAAGAGGUUGACCAAGAAGCAGAAAAAAGAAAAACUUCUCAAGAAAGCCGAGAACUUGGCAGUCCGUUGGUGCCGCGAAAAUGUUGAAAUGCUCUCGAGAUCAAUGUUCGGCAACCCGAUUCAUCGUAUGAAUUCACUUUUGUUUCAGUAUUUUUAUUCUUUAACUCAGCUGCUCAACCUUACGUUCGAGAUCCAAGAGAUGACAUUCCUGGGCCGUCCGACAGACCAUCAGAGCCAAAGGUACUAUUGUAGAGAAGAUGAAAAAGAGAAACAUUUUAUUUCAGCAAGGUAUAGUGUCCAUAGAAGACUACGAGGACUUCUACGAAGAUGGCGAUUUUAAAAGGCAUUUGCUUGAAGAUCAUGGGUCUGGGGGGCUACCAGCUGGAGGCAGAACUCAGCGCGGAGUGAUCACGAUAGACGACUACGAGGACAUUUACGAAGAGGAAUACGGAUCCAAUCAGUACCAGCUUGCCGGAGAAUUCUCCGAAGAAGAAGAGGACGUGGAUUCUGGUGAGUACAAAUUGAAAGGUAGAAUCAGGGAAUGAUGAGGCUUUUUGCAGAUGGGCCUCCUGAUGAAGAAGUGGAAGAGGUGGUCCGGCAGCUCAAAAUGAAAGAGGAACAGAAAAAGCAAUUGGAGCAGAGCAAAGUAGGCGAAUCUCCGAAAAAGGAAGCGACGGAGAUGUCUCAGGGAAACAGUCUGAGCACCCAGUUGGCUAAUUCAAUUCCUCGGAUUUCGAUCCGAGUGCUGCCGCAUGAAGGACCUAUACCAGAGACAAAAGACCUCACCAUGGAGAAGUACGCGAUUGACCGUGGACACGACGACAAUCUCGUGCGAUUUCUGAGAUUUUUUCUGAAGGCAUUCGUGACGGAGCGUUCAAGAAAAUGGGAAUUCCACGACAAUCAUGACGUCAUGAAUUGCGUGGCGGACAUUCCCCAAUGUUUAGCACAACUAGUGCAGAUGUACGAGUGCUACAAGGAAGAGCGCCGCGACAUUCCGCUUCAACGAAACGAGAUUGGUCGCCUUGGGAGAUUUGUGCUUGUCGUGCGAAGAAUACCGCUAGGAGCUGAGAGGCAUAUCUACGUUUAUGACAAACGGGAUCCGCGCUACGAUCCGCCUAUUCUUGUGGAUUUUGUUGAUCGCUUCACGUAUGAGUCAGAGAAUAACGUCACUCAUCCGCGAGCCAAUCAAUACGACAGCAAGCCUCCAUAUGGAGGAAUUGCGUUUUUAGAGGAUCCAUUCUUCAGAGAGAGAUUGAUUCCGAAGCCGAAAGAGUGUCCGUGGGUUUGGCCAAACAAUUGGAUCGAGGAGCCACCGGAGAAACCAAUGUCAUCGGCAACGUCUGGAACGCCGUCUUCUCAAUUGUCUUCAGAAGCGAUUGUGUUGCAUGGAAUCGAAAAGCAAGAGCCUUUGAGAUCUGUUCAAGAAGAAACGAUAUCUAAUUAG